GUGGUGGAUGGAGAGGUGUACCCACCCACGGUCACCGACGCUCCGGUUCACAUGGUCUACCCGCCUGCCAUCCCCAAGGAGAAGCGGCUGGCGAUGGGGCAGGAGGUGUUUGGGCUGCUGCCAGGGCUCUGCAUGUAUGCCACGCUCUGGCUGCGCGAGCACAACCGCGUCUGCGACAUCCUGAAACGGGAGCAUCCCACCUGGAGCGAUGAGCAGCUCUUCCAGACGGCUCGUCUCAUCCUCAUCGGGGAGACCAUUAAGAUCGUCAUUGAAGACUACGUCCAGCACCUCAGUGGCUACUACCUGAGCCUCAAGUUUGACCCAGAGCUGCUGUUUGGCACCCAGUUCCAGUACCGGAAUCGCAUUGCGGUGGAAUUCAACCAGCUCUAUCACUGGCACGGGCUGAUGCCCGACUCCUUCAUCAUCCAGGGCAAAGAGUACAACUACGAGCAGUUCCUCUACAACACCUCCAUGCUCACAGACUAUGGUGUGGAGGCACUGGUGGAGUCCUUUUCCAAGCAGAAGGCAGGAAUGAUCGGUGGGGGACAAACCAUCAAUGCCAAUGUCUUGCACUUUGGCAUGAAGCCCUACAAGUCCUUUCAGGAGCUGACAGGAGAGGAAGAGAAGGCGGCAGAGCUGGAAGAGCUGUAUGGAGACAUUGAUGCUCUGGAGUUUUAUCUGGGCUUGCUGCUUGAGAAACCCCAACCCAGUGGUAUUUUUGGGGAAAGUAUGGUGGAGAUAGGAGCUCCGUUUUCCCUGAAGGGGCUUCUUGGAAACCCCAUCUGCUCCCCAGAGUACUGGAAACCCAGUACAUUUGGUGGAGCAACUGGCUUUGAGAUAGUGAAGACAGCAUCGCUCGAGAAGCUCGUGUGCCUCAAUGUGAAGAAGUGCCCGUACGUAGCAUUUCACGUGCCAGCUGCUGCGGAAAACGGCAGCCCUCAGCGUGGUGGAUCAUCUACUGAGCUCUAG